GUUUAUUGUACGUGUCAUGUGCUCGGUGCUGGGCUUAUUUGUGCGGCAAAGCGAUCCCCAGCUUCGUGAUGUCAACGUGAGGGUGUAUAUCGCCAACCACGUGACGCAAUUCGACCACAACGUCAUCAACCUUCUGACCUCAUGUAAUACGCCUGCGUUGAAUGGUGCCCCUGGCUUCAUCUGCUGGUCACGGGGGUUCAUGGAGCUGGGAGUAACGGGAAGCCGGGCAGAGCUGGUGGAUUCCCUGAAGGUGUAUUCAUCCCACAGAGGAAACCCACCGCUGCUGCUGUUCCCAGAGGAGGCUGCCACCAAUGGCCGGGCUGGCCUGCUCCGCUUCAGCUCGUGGCCGUUCUCAGUCUUGGAUGUGGUGCAGCCCGUUGCCCUACAGGUUCAGAGGCCUUUGAUCACUGUGAGUGUGGCUGACUCCUCCUGGAUCGCAGAGCUGCUCUGGACCUUCUUUGUUCCCUUCACAGUAUAUCAAGUAAGGUGGAUGCCGUCUGUCCCCAGACGAGCUGAAGAACUGAGUGAGGAUUUUGCGCUCCGAGUUCAGGAGCUCUUGGCCAUGGAGCUGGGUGUGGUAUCCACACGGCUCACUGCAGCAGAUAAAACUGAACACAUGAAGAGGCUGAGACACACAUCGCUUCUCCCCUUUGCCCCAGCCUCAAGCCAGCCCCUGGCAGCCAGGCCCAGGGUGCCUUCCAGCCCGACUGGAGUUGCUCCUGAGGACGUGCGGAUCACAGCAAUGGCUCAGCGGGUCAAGGAGGUGCUCCCUCAUGUGCCUCUGGAGGUCAUCAGGAUAGACCUGGCCCAAACCAACUGUGUGGAUACCACCAUUGCCAACUUGCUGGAGGGGAGAGUACCCUUCUUCCCUGAAAGUAAGGAGGCUGGUACUGACCUGCCUGCUCCAUCUACCUCCCAGGCUGCAGCUGCUUCUGGCAUCCAGGGCUCCAUAGCUGUGCCUUCUUCCAAGCCGGCUACAAAGCAAUUCGCAAAGUCCCCUGUGGAGCGGCACCUGUCCUUGCAAGAGCGGAAGCGAGCGUUGUACGACUAUGCCAGGAG